AUGUUUAUCGUUGCUUGCAGUGUGGUCUGUAUUCUAAGUGGAGGCAAUGUCGAUAAUAUAUUGCUGAAUCGCUGUAUGGAAAGAGGAUUAGCCUCCGAAGGACGACUAGUGAAAUUUAGGGUCGGUGUAAGAAAUGACCCGGUAUCUAAAUCUAAAUUAUUAUCACUAAUCGCAUCUGGAGGUUAUAAUAUUCAUCGUCACUUUCAAGACAACAGUUGGACAAAUGGGACGGAAUACUUUGUUGAGAUGAAAAUCGUGUGCGAGGCAAAAGGUUUGGCGCAUGCUUUGGAAUUGAAAAGGACUAUAGAACGAGCUUACCCAUGUACCGCCGUCUUUGAAAACGAACCAUUUAAUGAUAAAAGGACUUGUCCUUGUCACACAAAGAAAAUCACGACCGGGCGGGAGGUCGCGGUGCCUCAUUGCGCUUACCCCGCAACCCCUGCUGAACAUCAGCCCUAUAGGGCCCCGUCUGUGGUGGUCUAUUGGCUCUUUGAGGCGCGCGCGGAACGCUACGCGCUGUACGUUCGGGCCUGGUUCUGGUCGGGCGGCGAGCUGCCCUUGCCGACCGCAGACCCGCGCUUACGGUGGCCGGAGAUCAUCUUUCGAUCCCCGACGCCCGGAAUGUCGCCUAUUGCGGCGGCUGGGGCGUGA